AACGGGACUUCAGACACUUCAAACUGGAUGCAAGUAGCACAGGAAAUGCCCUUGUGUGCUCUUGUUAGCCAUUUAGCGAUUUGACUUCUCUGGGGAUCUCCUGUUUAUCUGAACACCGUGCGUGAGAGGCAGAAAAGUCCGUGGAAUAAGUCAAGCUGUAGGACAUCUCUACCGUGCGCCGGGAUGCUCGGGAUCAUUCAUUUCACCUUGGCAACAGCGGCAGUCGCUGUGCUGCUGCAUUGUGUGCUGUCCUUUAACGUGGACCAGAAAAAUGGUUUGUCAUUCAGCGGUCCACUGGAGGACAUGUUUGGAUACACUGUCCAGCAGUUUGAGAACAGCGAGGGGAAAUGGGUUCUGAUUGGAUCGCCGCUGUCAGGCCAGCCAGCCAAACGGACAGGAGAUGUCUACAAGUGUCCUGUGGGGAGGGGGGACAACACGUGUGUCAAACUAGAUCUGCCAAAAAACACAACUGUUCCCAACUUACGUGAAGUCAAAGAGAACAUGACCAUGGGAACCACGCUGGUGACCAAUCCCAACGGAGGAUUUCUGGCCUGUGGUCCUCAGUAUGGCUACAUGUGUGGGCAGCAGCAGUACAUCUCAGGAGUAUGUGCGAAUGUCAGCGACUCCUUCCAGAUCCUCAACUCUGUGGCACCGGCCGUGCAAGAGUGUGCGAAGGAGCUGGACAUUGUGAUCGUUCUGGAUGGAUCUAACAGCAUCUGGCCCUGGGAGAGUAUCAUCCAAUUUCUUCGGCGUUUCAUCAAGAACAUUACAAUCGGACCUCAACUCUCACAGGUGGGGAUAGUGUCCUAUGGUGAGAAUGUGACUCACCGCGUCAACCUGAGCCAGUUCGACAACACUCAGAACCUGCUGGAUUUCGUUAAUAAAAUUCCUCAGCAGACCGGCUACAAGACCAUGACCUUCCUGGGCAUUGAUACUGCAAGGAAAGAGGCCUUCAUGCCGGAGCGUGGUGCGCGACCUGGGGCGAAGAAGGUCAUGGUGAUUGUGACUGACGGAGAGUCACAUGACUUCGUUAAUCUGGACAAGGUCAUCGGAGACUGUGACGAUGAUGACAUCGAGAGGUUUGGCAUUGCUGUUUUAGGAGACUACAAUCGUCAGAACAAAAGUCCAGAAGACGUGCAGAAGUUUAUUAAGGAGAUUGCGUCUAUCUCCAGUCUGCCGUUGCAAGACCACUUCUUCAACGUGUCCGAUGAGGUGGCGUUGCUGACCAUUGUUGAUGCUUUGGGAAGCAAGAUUUUUGCUUUGGAAGCUACAACCGGCAAUUCCACCUCCUCCUUUGAGAUGGAGAUGUCCCAAGCUGGGUUCAGUGCACAUACUUCCAAAGAAGGCCUGUUACUGGGAGCAGUGGGAGCGUUUGACUGGAACGGGACAGUGAUAAUGCAUACUGCUGGAGGAACAAUCAUUCCAGGGAAGACCCAGUUCUACGACCCAGAGACUGAGGCCGGGUACGAAGGACUUGCUGGGUACCUGGGCUAUGAUGUUCAGUCAGCAUCCACCCCUGAUGGAGUGCUGUACAUCACAGGUGCACCGCGGUACAACCACACAGGCCGCGUUGUUAUCUAUCGUCUGGAUGAGAAGAACAACAUCGUGGUCUCACAGAUACUGAAAGGACAACAGAUUGGUUCCUACUUUGGCAGCGUCCUGCAGACUGUCGACGUGGAUGGAGAUUCCUUCACGGAUCUCCUCUUGGUCGGAGCUCCAAUGUAUAUGGGCACGGAAAGAGACGAGCAGGGACAAGUCUACGUCUACAAACUCAACCAGGGCGGCCAGUUUGAGCACGAGUUCAUUUUGAAGCCUGUCAAUCAGUCCUGCUGUAGUGUCCACUCCGACAGCUGCACCAAUAAGAAUGAACCGUGCGGCGCUCGCUUUGGUACGGCCAUUGCCGCAGUAUCCGACCUCAACCUUGACGGGUUCAACGACGUGGCCAUCGGUGCACCUUUUGAGAACGACCACCGAGGGGCCGUCUACAUCUAUCAUGGAGAUAAGACGUCACUGAAAGAGAAAUUUGUACAGCACAUCCCUGCAGGUGGGGAUGGUAAAAAGAUGAAAUUCUUUGGUCAGUCCAUACAUGGAGUCAUGGAUCUUAAUGGAGAUGGAAUCACUGAUGUUACCAUAGGAGGUCUGGGAGGGGCUUCACUAUUCUGGUCCAGAGAUGUCGCAGAGCUUCGUGCCAACAUGACUUUUGACCCUGCUAAAAUCAACCUGCAGCAGACUCAGUAUCAGUGUGGUGCAGGCCAAUCUGUGUGUGUGACAACCACGGUGUGUUUUGUCUACAGUAUCAAAUCUGACAAGCAGGACGCAAACACUGAUGCUGACAUCCUCUACACUCUGACUCUGGAUGCUCUGCGUGCGAAAGCCAGGGCUUCAUUUACCGACCCAGACGAUAAAAGUGAUCGCAGGAUUACCAAGAGGUUGGCCAUCAAGGAGAAAGAGAGAAAAUGUGUGGAUGAAACCUUCAUGAUGUCGUCCCGACUGGACUUCCGAGACCCUCUCAUGGUGUCUUUGGAGUUUGGACUUGCUGAUGAAGACCAAGGCCCCGUCCUGGAUGAAAACCUUCCCAGAUCCAUCAAUAAGACAAUUCCCCUCGUUGACUGUGGAAGCGAGGAGAAGUGCAUCGCUGACCUCUCUCUCAAAGCAGAGGCUGAUGUCAAAACAAUACUCAUCAAAGACAAAAAUGACAAGAUUGAAGUGAACAUCAACAUCAGAAACAGUAAAGACAAUGCGUACAACACUAAAGUUAUCCUCAGCUUCACACCAAACAUCAACUAUGUUAAAGCAGAGCCGGAGAAGAGAUGCGAUCCGGAUCACACAAAAGCGGAGUGUGGUGUUGGAUACCCCUUUUUGGGAAGAAAUGUGGAGGAAAGUUUCAGUGUGACAUUUGAGCUGAAUCCCGAACAUAUCCAGGAAGUGAUUCAGAUCAACGUGACAGCUACAAGUGACAGUGAAGAGCUGGCUUCGACCCUGCAUGACAACUCGGUGCAAAUCUCCAUUCCUGUGAAGUAUAAGGCUGGACUGAUAUUCACAGUGCGUCCUGUGGAUGAACACGUCGUAGUAAAAGAGGGUGAACAGUAUUCUACUGUUUUCAAUGACACCAGGGUGAUCGGAGAGGAGGUCAACAUCAGCUACACGGUGACGAAGUUAGGUGAGCUGGUGACUCCACCACUCGAACUUACAGUGAGGUAUCCUAACCUGUCUCCUCGGCAGAACAACUUACUGUACCUGACACACGUCACCACCAGCCCACAGGUGAAAUGUAACGCAGCGCGUUGGAUCAACCCCCUCAAUAUUAACCCGAAAGUUGUAAAUCCAAAUCCAAAGAUAGAAACUCUCAGUGUCUUCCUGCUGAGCUGUGAAAACCUCGACUGUGCAUCAUUUAAGUGCUCCAUCCCUGAGGCCACAGUCAGUCAUGUCAACGUUACAUUCAGAGUGUGGAAACCCACGUUCAUCAAGGGCGAGUUCUCCAGUCUGUACAUGUUGGUGAACGCCACGCUGGGGAUCAAAAACACAAACCUGUAUGAACUGAGCAGCAGUGACAGGACCAGAAGUGUGAAGAUCCAGGUUUCGAAGGAGAGCUUAGGAGGAAUCCCUAUUUGGAUCAUCAUCAUCAGCAUCCUGAUAGGACUGCUGAUCUUAGCACUUGUCAUCUUCGCUCUCUGGAAGAUGGGCUUCUUCAAGAGAAAAACCAGGGACUACUCAAAGGAGGAAAUGAUGGACUGAGAUAUCCAGACAUCCAGCAGCAAGCAGCUCUGCGGCUGACCGCUACCAAAGCCAUCAGGUCGCACAAAGUGACAGGCAGCCUUUUAAACAGACGGUCGGACAGACGGAGGAGACACCAUAAGACCCAAAGGCACCUCAGUGCUGCGACUGCUUACCAUUCACUGCUUCCUGUGCAGGCCUGGGUCCAAUAAUGUUUGCAAAUACUUCCCAACCCGACAGACACUUUCUUUUAAUUGUGUAAAGUCUUUGGCACUCACUGUAUUUGCGAACACUAUUUGCUCUAGAUCAGCUUCUUUGUUGCAGAUAUACAGAAUACAUCAUGUCAGGUCAAGCAGUUCAAGAAGAGGAACCAUCACUUAUCAGGCAUCUGUUGGCUAAGUAGCAUUUAUCUGUAUUACAUACAGCGGUUUUACAAAAACAUAAGAGCUACAGUAGCUGCACUCCAGCUUUAGAGGAAAAAAAGAACUCAGGUUUUUCUGUAUUAAGAUCCAAAGUCGCUAAGCCACCUAAGUCAUUACAGCAACAAUGUCUAAAGAUCCAUACAAUAUGUGAAUUUACAUUUACAUGUGUUGGAGCAGCCUGUCCGAUAGCUUUAUAAAACACUGUACCUUUAAGCAUUUAGUUUUUGUUUUGAUUUUUUGCUGAAUUUUAAGAAUAUAACGUGGCACAUCCUUAAUAUCAAAAUGUUGGCUAAAGACACUGACCUGUACACCAGAUUUAUUUUAAGCAAAAGUGCAGUUCUAUGCUUUUAUUUUUUUAUACAUUCAACGUUAGUUAACCAAAUCAAAAACAAGCCAAAAUCCCUCGUCCCAACUCCGAAGUGAAAUGUUUGUAGUUAGUGUCACCGGGGUUACCGAGAGAAACAGAAAGCUGCGCCUUCAAAAACCAAAACUUUGAUUGUACUGUAAAUAUAAGAAGAUGCCCCCAAAAAUGUAAAGCUUAUAAAUGUAAAUAAUUGUGUUUGCUAUAAUUCACGUAAUUUAAGAGAUGUUAUCCAGAAAUCUUUUUUUUUUUUUUUUUGUGUGAUCAGUGGUCAGAGAAGAGGGUUUUGCUCAGGUGCUACAACUAUCAUGGAUGAUACAUUAACAUUUGACUUAUAAGAAAGAUAUCUGGCCUAUCUCACAAUUUAGAAUCUGAUGCAAAUAUUGUAAAUAUUGUUAUAUUUUGAUGAGAAAAUGAAAAUAUAAUUAUUCUGUACUGAAGAUAAGGGGUUUGAGUCCACUACUUUGGUUUUAUUUGGUUGAAAGCCUGGUGAAUGACUGUGUUGAGGUGAGAUACAACUGUAGCAUAUUUUGGUUUCAACCUGUUUGAUUUGCAAAAUGGAAGGUAGAAUUUCUUAUAAUGUAGAAACAAAUGUCACCAGCAGUUUCCAUUUGGUAAAUGGGAUUCACUGGCAGUUGGAUUGUAGUGUUGUAGACAAACUACAACAUUUACACAAAGUAUUAGCAUACAAAGGCUCAAUGUCACCCCGUACUUUACAAAGUUAUUCUUUCAGGUUUUCUGUCUUGUUUUUGUUUCCAGAAGUUGCACAGCUUAAUUGUCAAUGUGUUAAAAUAAAUGAUAUUGUAUUUUGGGGGGACUGGGUCUCUGCCUCUCUCUUGACUUUCUCCCUCACUGUCACACUAUAUAGCUGAGGAAAGACAAAGGAGAAGAAGAGACAGCUUUUUGAUAUGAAAUACCCCUCAGCUCGCACUCUCCACUGUUGACAUGAAGCACAUGUAAUACAUCGUAUGUACAGAAUGUGUUACUGUUAUUUGGCUACAUCAGGCUUAUGCACGAGGGCGGAGUCAUGGGUCUCUCUUUGUCCAAUUGAGGUGGUCUGGGAUUGUUUUCACACAUCCUACACCUCUAUUGUCUUCUGAGAAGGAGUAAAGCACAAAGGGAGAGUUAUAAGCUCCACCCCAGCCUUAUACACUGCUGUGAAGUCUUCAUUGUAAUGCACUGGUUUGUCAGACUGUAUGCGUCCUCAUCAGCACAAAAAUUAAUUGAAUCUGAAUAAAAAAUAAAGACUUUUUA